AUGAAGACAGGCGUUCUCCUUGCGGCCGCUCUCAACGGCGCCUUGGCUGCCGCGCAAACCAACGGGUCUGCUCCGUCGGAAGUCCCUUACUACGGUCGUAGUCCUCCGGUCUACCCCUCUCCCGCUGGUAACGGCACCACCAACCCAAGCUGGGCGGCUGCAUACCGUCAAGCUAGAGCUUUGGUGGCAGACCUGACCGUCGAGGAGAAGGCGAACAUCACCCGAGGAUGGACCGGUACUUGUGUCGGCAACUCAGGCGCGAUUGAGCGCCUUGGCAUUCCGUCUCUUUGCUUUGCGGAUGCUCCUGACGGAAUUCGCGGUCAGGAGUUCGUUUCCGCUUUCCCGGCCGGUAUCCAUGUCGCGUCUACCUUCGACAAGGCGUUGCUGUACAAGUACGGCAAAGCACUUGGUGACGAGUACUAUGGCAAGGGAAUCAACGCUGCUCUUGCCCCUUGCGCAGGUCCUCUCGGCCGAGUCGCUCGCGGAGGCCGUAAUUGGGAGGGACUUUCGAAUGAUCCUUACCUUGCUGGCGCCGGCAUGGGCGCAAUUACCCGUGGAAUUCAAGAUGCGGGCGUCAUCGCUACAGCCAAACACUGGCUGCUGAACGAACAGGAGUACCGCCGUCGUAUCUCUGACCUCGGUGAAGCCAUCAGCUCCAAUGUUGAUGACCGUACGCUCCACGAGCUUUACGUUUUCCCCUUCAUGGAUUCUCUCAAGGAGGGUGCGGCAUCUGUUAUGUGCUCUUACCAACGCGCCAACCACUCAUAUGGCUGCCAGAACUCACAUCUCUUGAACGGUGUUCUCAAGACUGAGCUUGGCUUUGAAGGCUACGUUGUUAGUGACUGGGAGGGUCAAAUGACUGGAGUGGCCUCCGCAAACGCUGGAUUGGAUCUGGUCAUGCCCGAUGCUGGCUACUGGGGCGACAAGUUGGUCGAGGCAGUCAACAAUGGUUCCGUCACCGAGGACCGGCUCUCGGACAUGGUCACGAGAAUUCUGGCCAGUUACCACUACCUGCGCCAGGAGCAUGCUUUUCCCCAGUCUGCUAUCCACUCCAACUUGCAGAAGGCCUACCCCGUCGACGUUCAGGCCGAUCACUCCAACUUGAUCCGUCAGAUCGGCGCCGCAGGCACUGUUCUCGUGAAGAACGUUAACAAGACCCUGCCAUUCAAGAACCCCAAGUUCCUUUCCAUCUACGGAUACGAUGCGACAGUCAAAGCUAUUCCUUGGGAGAACCCUUCUCGCUACGGCGGCGGCUAUGAGGUCAACUUUGGCUGGGAAACAUUCAACGGUACCCUCAUCACUGGUGGUGGUUCUGGCGGCAGCACGCCCCCAUACGUCGUUUCGCCUUUCCAGGCCAUCCAGGAGCGCAUCGCUAAGAACAAGGGUAUUCUUCGCUGGGACUUCUACUCCGAGAACCCGUCCCCCCCUUACGUCAACUCUGAGGCUUGUCUCGUGUUCAUCAACGCGUACGCCUCGGAAAGCUUUGAUCGCCUGAGCUUGACCGAUGAGUUCAGCGACAACCUCGUCAAGAACGUGGCUGCCAACUGCUCCAACACCGUCGUAAUCGUUCACUCUGCAGGCAUUCGCACUGUCGAUGAGUGGAUCGAGCACGAGAACGUUACCGCUGUCGUCUUCGCCGGACUUCCUGGUCAGGAGAGUGGUUACAGUCUGGUCGAUGUCCUCUGGGGUGACGUGAACCCCUCUGGCAAGCUUCCUUACACGGUUGCCAAGCUUGAGUCCGACUACGGCGACCACCUGAACUCGAGCGCUUCGGAUGACUACUUCCCGGAGAGCAACUUUACCGAGGGACUGUACAUCGACUACCGCUACUUCGAUGCCCAGAACAUCACCCCCAGAUACGAAUUCGGCUACGGCCUCUCGUACACCACUUUCGAACUCGCUGAUCUGACUGCCGGUCUUACUGCCGCUGCCGACACGGCCGAGUACCCCGACCCCGAGAUCGCCAUUGUUCAGGGAGGACAUCCAUCUCUUUGGGAGACAAUCGCCGUCGCCAAGGCCGCCGUUACCAACACCGGUGAUGUCGAGGGCGCAGAGAUUCCCCAACUCUAUGUUGAGAUUCCUGGUGGCGGUGAAGAUACCCCCGUCCACCAACUGCGCGGAUUCACCCGCAUUUUCCUGUCCCCGGGACAGACUUCUCGUGUAUCUUUUGAGCUCACACGACGUGAUCUUAGUGUCUGGGACGUUGUAGCUCAGCAAUGGCAACUGCGCAGGGGUACCUACACCCUUUGGCUGGGCAACUCCAGCAGAAACCUGUCUCUGAAGACGACUAUUGAAAUCAAGUAA